GUCUGGGACGCGGAUUGAGGCGAGUUUGUAAGGGACCAGUUUAGUAUCAAAGGGCUUAGUAGCUCCAAAUCACUCAUUCAGAGAGCACCAAAGGACCAGGACAACACCAUAUUCCCGCUCAGUGUUUGGAGAUCAUCUAUCCAGGCUGGGACUUCUGGGGGCAGGCAAGGACCCAGGGCCCCUGGAAGAGCGGGUCCAGGGGACCGGAUGCCCUGUAUCUCCCCGGAGCAGAGCAUGAGUGCCCUCCUGCAGCUGCUCCUGGGCCUCAGCCUGGGCUGCACCGGAGCAGGUGGCUUUGUGGCCCACGUGGAAAGCACCUGUCUGUUGGAUGAUGAGGGGACUCCACAGGAUUUCACGUAUUGCAUCUCCUUCAACAAGGACUUGCUGACCUGUUGGGAUCCCCAGGAGACCCGUAUGGUCCCUUGUGAAUUUGGAGCGCUGAAUGCGUUGGCCACAUAUUUCUCUGUUUACCUCAACCAGCAGGAAAAACUGCUCCAGCGCUUGUCCAAUGGGCUCCAGAACUGUGCCACACACACCCAACCCUUCUGGAAAUCACUGACCCACAGGACACAGCCGCCGUCUGUGCAAGUGGCCAAAACCACUCCUUUUAACACGAGGGAGUCUGUGAUGCUGGCCUGCUAUGUGUGGGGCUUCUAUCCAGCUGAUGUGAUCAUCACGUGGAGGAAGAAUGGGCAGCCAGUCCUUCCUCAUGGCAAGGCCCAUAUGAUCACCCAGCCCAACGGAGACUGGACAUACCAGACCGUCUCCCAUUUGGCUACAACCCCCUCUUACGGGGACACCUACACCUGUGUGGUGGAGCACAUUGGGGUUCCUGAGCCCAUCCUUCAGGACUGGACUUCUGGGCUGUCCCCAGUGCAGACAGUGAAGAUUUCUGUGUCUGUGGCGACUCUGGGCCUGGGCCUCAUCAUCUUCUCCCUUGGUUUGCUCAGCUGCCAGAGAUCUGUUGCCCCAGGCUACAUUUUCCUCCCGGGGACCACUUAUCCAGAAGGUCAGCACAUUUCCUAGAGGCGGAGUCCUGCCACUUCCACUCCCUGUGAGAAGGCAAUUUGGUCUCGUAUGGAUGCUGCUGUGCCCUUGGCUGACAUCCUCAGACCCUCCACAGUUUCUUGGGUCCUCUGGUUUCUCUCUUCAGUUCUUUAAAAUUUGCAGUUCCCCCUAUGUAAACCUUAACCACUUGCGGGAACCAUUCCUGGGAAUAUUCUGUGACCUAGUUAUUGUACAUAGCUGGAGCCCAAGGCUAUGCACCUGAGGGGAAUAUCAUUUGGGGAGGAAGGGCGAAGGCCCUCUUGGGGGUUCCCCUGUGCCACAGAGGGCAGUGAGUCGCCGGUAACCAUCUCUGAGGAAUAAACUCUGGUGGAAA